AACAUAUAAUGCACAAGUCCUUCCUUGACAAAUGUUCGUAAAUUUAUUGUAAUCCUAACAUGAAAUUCAAAUGUUCUUGCUAUAGUUAGCAUCUAGUUUGGUGACUACAGAUUAAGGUUAAGCAACAUGGUAUUACAGCUAGUGUAUAUUGUGAUUGCAUAUUUACAUGUUACAUCAGUAGAAGGAAAUCAGACGUUAACUGUAAUGAACACCCAUGAUUGGGGGACAUGGGGGGUAGCGGAGUAUUGUUUCAACAAUACAUAUGCUGUAGGAUAUGACAUUAAGAUUGAGAAACAUCAAGGUAUAUUUUUCGAUGACACAGCAUUAAAUGGUAUCAAGCUAAUUUGUGAACCUAAUGAUGUUAAUAACAAUAUGCAGAACACAGUUAAUUCAACUGUUGGACCAUGGGGCAGGUGGUUUGGUGAGGCACAUUGUGAACGGCAGGGCAACAGGAAACGUUUCUUGACAUCGUUUAAUCUUCAAGUUGAACCCAGGCAACAAAUCCUCGACGACUCGUCCGUUAAUUAUGUAAAAUUCAAAUGCCGGGAUUUACAUGGUACUUUACCAUCAUAUGAGUUGGCCAAAGCGAGAUUGCCAGGAUAUGGUAUAUGGGGUGAAUAUGGAUCAUGGAGUGACGAAUGUAGUUUUGGUACGGCUAUCUGUGGAAUUAGGACACGAGUAUCCGAACCCCAAGGAAUGUUUGGUGACGAUACAGCGCUGGAUGACGUCAUGUUCUUUUGCUGCAAAUAAUAUUUUUUCCGAUAUCUAAACAAUUACAUGUACCAAACGAAUCUAGGGAAGUCGAUUUUUCAUGCGUGCAUGUUUUAAACUGAAUUAAAGUUUUUAACCCCAUA